AUGUCUAAGGCUCGAGCUAAACUCAAGCCAAAGAAUUAUACAGCAGGAACUGUUGACGGAUCUAUCGCCGAGAGGAAAAGAAGCGAAAUGGAUUCAAAAGAAAUCACUGUUCAGAAUUAUAAUCGUGUUGUAAAAAUCCAAGAAUCGGAUCAAAGCUCGGAUGGUGAAUUCAUCCCACAAAAAAGAGAGGAUGGCGAAUCUAACCCCGAAGCCGAUUCUGAUGAAACAUUAUCAGAUGAUCAGGAAGACGAUCCAUAUCAACAGCAAGAGAAAGACAUUGAUCAAAUUCUUUGUCUUACCAAUGAUAAGCCACGUCCAGGCUUUCUGGCAUUUAGAAUUAAUCAAUCUUUAAUUCGAAGUAAAAUUUAUCAAGACUACCAACUUACAAGCGAAUUGCAAACGAAGAAAAUGAAUGAUUUCAAGAAAUCCACCAACUCAGGAUUAUUUAUUUCCAAUUUAAAUCCCGAAUUAACAGAACCACUUUCGUCUCCAUUGACAAUCGACUGUCUCUUCAUCUAUCGUAUUAUUUCUCACAAGUCUAAUCAAAACGUCGCACUUUUAACAUCCGAAAUGCUCGAUAAGAAAAAUGUAAUUUGCGGAUAUCCGAUGGAUACUCUUCCUCCUAUUGACCAUAUGAAAGUUUUUACGACACCUCUCCAGAACAUGGAAGACACCGAAUCGUCAUUUCUUUCUUCGGAUGGAGUUUUUCAUAUAAAUAAUUCGAAAUCUCGCGAUGAAACCGAAAAGGAUGGCUUUUUGAUAGCAGGUGAUGCAGAUGCAUACUUUCUUGUCAAAUGGAAAGGCCUUGGAGAAGAAGAUGCCACAUGGGAAAAUUAUAAUACGAUUUACGGACUCGAACCAUCAUUAUUCUGUGCAGCAAACAUGGCUGAUUUCAAGAGGAUGACGAAAAUUUACUGGAAAAAUACAAUCGAAAUGCCAACCAAUACAAUCGUUGAAAACUUCGAUCCCUCUAUCGAACCAUUACCGCUCAUGCAUGGCAUUGAACUUACCGAAGCCCAACUUAACGCUUACAAAUUCAUAAUGGAGAAAUUUAGUAAAAACGAAACCGCCGUCAUUCGUGUUACUCCAACAGCAGGACGAACAAUGUCAGUUGCAGCUUUCUUAAAUACAGCAGUCAACAAGCUAAAUCAUAAAAAGCCAGCGAUUAUUAUUACGGAUCAUGUAAAUUCAUGGUAUACAACCUUUACAAUUGCCACAGAUCUGUAUGUUGUUGACUAUUCAUGUGAUAAGAUGUCAAGAAACAUCAUUAUCAACAAGGAAAUGGUUGGUGAUAAUCAUGCAAAAUUUGAUGUUUUGAUUAUUACCCCAGAUGUAUUAGUAUCCAGUACAGAAUCCAUUGGAAGUGUUAAAUGGGAGUUCAUUGUCAUGGAUAAGCUCGAAGAAUUCAAAUUACCACAUUGGUUAACAAAAACGCCAUCUCACAAAAUUUAUUUCUUUGAUUAUUCACUUGACACCAUCACAAUUCCGCAGAAGAAGUUCGGUAUCUUAGAAAUGAACCCUCCAGAGAAUCCAUACAAAGAAGAAAUUUGGGUUAUCCCUGAUGUCGCUGCCGAUGUAAUUUUCAAAUAUCUCAAGAAAUUACUCAAAGGAAAACCAUAUCGUCAUUACGACUUUUUCUCAUUGUCUUAUUUGUUACAAACUGCUUAUUCACAUCCGUUUUUGAUUCCUGAAUUACGUGAAUUGAUUAUUUCACUCGAAAACGAUGACGAAGAAGAGGAAAUGUCAAAAGAAGAUAAAAUAGAACUGAUGGGUGAUGCUUCUGAGAAAUUUAUCUGUGUUUUACAUUUGGCUUUGGAAGCAUUUAAUGAAGGAAAAGUUGUAGUUGUUGUUUGCAACGGUUUCAAUAUUAUGAGAUUGCUUAAAGAGUAUUUGGAUGAGAAAGACAUUCCAUCAGCAUUCUUGAAUUCUCCUUUGACAAGUGAAUGCUACCACGAAGAUUUCACAAAAGGAGUUUUGUUUAUGACAAGAGAAUUCAAUUCUAGAGAAUAUGAAAAACUUGACAUCAAAACCGUUAUUUUCUAUGACAUAAAUGACGAGUUGUGGAAAGAUUUGAUACUCGGAGAUUUCAUGAGAAUGAAGUACAACGCAACAAUCAUUAGAUUGCUUACGAAAGAUUCCAUCGAAUUACUUUAUUUCGGACAUCUUCUCGAGAAGGGUGAAUUCGAAUGUCAUAAUCUCGAAAGAAACACUGCAGAAACAUAUGUAAGAUACGGAAUUAUGUCAACAGCUCCUUGGAGAAAAUCACAGGAUAUGGAUUACACGAAAAUAUAUGUUACAUAUCCAAACGACAACAAAGAGUUGAUUGAAAACUUUUUGAAUACUCCGAGAUCGAACAUAAAUAUUGAAUUUUCUUUCUGGUCAACUUGUUUCACAAAAGAAGACAAAUCCCUUAAAUUGAGCCAAGAAAACAAAGAGCAAAUCGAUACUUCUCAGUGGACAAGUACAAAGGGAAGAGAACUUCUUGAUGCAGUAAUGAGAUAUGGUCUGUUUAAUUGGACACAAAUCGCAAGAUCUGUUUCAAAACAUGUCGAUGAUGCAAAACUUUUCGCAAUUACUUUGUUGGCUUUAAUGUCAGGAAAAGUAACAUCAGGAAAUUACACUUAUUUGAAUUAUUACUUGGCAAGCAAUCUAAAACUUAACUGUACUCCAAAAGACCCAGCAGAAUGGAGAAAGAAUGCAAAGAAAAUUAAAAAUUUGCAUAGAGAAUUAGCCGAUCAGGUUUUGAAAGAAAAUCGAACAUUUGGCAGCUUUGAGAAAUUCCUUGAAGGCGCGAACCAAAAGAUCAUCACAGAUGCCUACAAAUCCUUCUCCAAUGGACAAUUCCCGAGACGUUAUGCCACACGUAAAAAUGAUUUCCCAUCUCUUGAAGAAUUCAAUGAAAUUAUUAAUGGAUCAAGACCAAUAACAAGGCAAACGAUGCCUCUUUACAAUUGUGUGAUCAAUGAUGUUUUGUCAAUGGCAUGCCACUACGAAAAACACACUCCUCCGUUGGAUUUCAUCAGAGACGUAAUCAAUAAUUUCGAAAACGAUGAAAAAUGGACGGAUUCACAAGUAAACAGAGUUUUCCAGAUGUUACAAAACUACGGAAUUCCAACAGAUGACGACGGAAAAACUGAUCCGUUGGAAGUUAUCGCUCUUUGUGAAAUUUUUGACAAAUUGCCAGAUGACAUCACUUCAUUUGUUGAAGGAUUCCUUCUUGAGAUCUUGAAGUUCCAGCACGGACAGUUCUCUUUGGUCAUUCCAAAGAAAUUGACUCACAAUGAAUUAGUCAUUGAAAUUUUGGCAGAAAAAAUUUUACAACAUCGCUCAAAAAUCAUCGCAAUGAUGGCGGCGAGAAGGUGUGUAAAUGAGCCAAAACAAGUCAACUACAACUUGACAAAUGCUGGUCCGAACUGGACGAAUGAAACUGAUGUUGCAAUGUUCCAAUUCGCUUGUCAAUAUGGUUUAGAUCAAGCGAGAAUUUAUUUCGAUGCGAAAACAUCUGAAAAUUACAAAGGAGCGGAUGUUAAAUGCUCGAAAUCAACCAUCAAUAAACUCAACGCAAUUCUUCCUGCAAGACCUUCUAUCUCAAGAAGAAUCGCGUUCAUCGUUCAAACAGUUGCAACCACUGCACGCCCGUCAAGUCGAUCGUUAUCGUCAUUCAAAGACGAUAAAAACAAAGAAAAAGAAAAACCAACAAAAAGUAAAAAAGUGACACAAAAAUCGAAAGAAACCGAAGAAGAAGACAACAAUAACAAUGAAGAGGAAGAAGAAAACAAGACGAAUGUUGAAAUAGAAAGGAAUUCAUCGAAAGAAGAAGAUAAAACAGAAGAAAGUGAAAGUUCUAAAAUUGACAUCCAAUCCGAUGAACCUCUUUCUGAGAAUAACAUUCCUACACCACCAGAUACAUCUGAAGAAGAGAAGUCUGCUGUUUCUAUUCGUCCUCCAACACCUCCACCUCCAAAAGAAAAACCAAAACCGAAACCAAAACAAACAUCUCCAAAAGAAAAAGUUGUUUACGAGAAAAUGCAAACAAGAUCGAUGAAUAAAAAGGCUACAAGACAUAAAAAGAUCCAUUUAUUCAAAGAAGAUACCGAAGAAUACGAAGAGAAAGAAGAACAAAACAAAGAAGAAGAAAAGAAAGAGCGAACACCAAAACAAAAUAUUGAUAUAAUUACUCAUCCAAUUUUAAGUCAAUACUUAAAGAGGAGUGGAAGAGGACGUGGAAGACCUCCUAAAUAUCCAAUUCCUGUCUUGCAGAACAAUAAAACACCAACUUCUUGGGUUUUGCCUCCUCCUGAUUUGACAAAAAUCAAAUCAGCAAUUAAAGAAGAUAAUUGGUACUCUGAUAUUUUGUUGGCGCUUAGAAGGAACCAAAUUUCAUUCUUUAACUUGUUCCAGUUCAUAAGAGAAGGAGAAGUUUCUGGAAAAGACAUCAGUCGAAUUAUUAUUGAAGCGAAAUUCCCACAGAACAUUUUGAUCCAAUUGUUUAGAGAACACAAAGUCAGUGAUAAGAAUUUCUUCAAAUUAUUGGAACAGAACUACAUUCAACCUCCAACAUUGUUCCAGAUGUUAAUAGAAUUACUUGUUCCUCAAACAGCUCUUCCACAAGUCCUUUCAACUGUUUUGUCGAGCUUGCCGCUGAAUCAUGAACAAGUAACUCAUUUGACACAAAUGUAUCCUCAAACAGUUUAUGAAGUAAACAGAAUCAUCGAGAGAAUGCAAAAGAAAGCACAGCAGAAAGCUGAAGCAGCAGAAACUAAUGCUGUUCCAGUUAAACCUCCUGAAUUACCAGGUCAACAAUUUGUUGUUCCUACUAAACAUCCAGAACCAAAACCAGAGAAACCUCCAGAAGCAACAGAAACAAGAAAACCAACUUAUACUGUUUUACCUCCACCUCCAAUGGAAAAUCCAACGAGAUCAACAAUUCCAGAACCAAUUUUCCAGCCACCAAAGAUACCACAAAUUGCACAACUUCCUCCACCUCCUUUUCUCCCUCAAAUUGCUCCAAAUAACAUGCAGGUUCCAAUUCCUCCUCGGUUCCUUCCAGUUCCUCAGCCACUUCCAGGACAAAGUAUUAUUUAUGUUCCCGUCAAAAGAGGAAGAGGUCGUCCACCUGGCUCUAAAAACAAACAAAGGAGUCAUAAGAGGGCUGUUUUCGUCGAUAUAGAAAGUACCGAAUCUUCUGGUCCUGAUGAUGAAGUCACUGAACUUCCAAAGACAAGGGCUCAGACAAGAGAAGAAGAAAAUGAAAAUAAUAAGCAGUAA